CGGAUCUCCAUCGGAUUUUAGUUUUUUCCAGCCACCUACGUUCGAAUACCCCAAGCAAGAACGGUUCGUGGUGUAUAUUUUGCUUCCCCAUGAACUUGUUCAAAGAGAUUUUUGCAUGGAUUUGUAAAAGACUCAAACCACGUUAUAAGAUAUCCGUGGUACACAUUUUGCACUAUGUCUAGUGUGUCUAUAGUGUACACGGCGACGAGCCGGGCAAGCAAUUGCUAAGCAUUGCCAUUCAUGUUAGCGUCUGCGCUUGCUUCAACCUCACCAAUCAACAGUAGCGAGCGCGUGUGGUAUCAUUUAGCGAACGGAAACAAGCAUUACGAGGCCAAUAGUUACAUCGUCGAGGCUGCAGCCACAACCGUUGACCAAAGAUGGAUCGGACGAGAAAUUACAUGCCGGAUGCUUACAUUACUUUUGGCCUCGUCGUUCAAGUAUUUGGAAUGUAAUCUCUAA